GCUCCAUGUGUCCCUGCCCUCCUGACAGUGUGGUUAAAGCUCCCUAAGUAUGGUGCUGCACUCCUGGAUUGAGCCACUGUAGGCAAAUACAGCUGAGGGAGAACAGAGCGUCCUCUGUGGGUGUGUGUAUGAGUGUGUAUGAGUGUGUGUUGCACUGUUCAGCAGCAUCAUGGAUACAGAAUAUUCCAAGCGAGUGUACCAGGGCGUUCGGGUCAAGCACACAGUGAAAGACCUGCUGGCUGAGAAGCGAUCCCGACAGACAAACGGGUCCAGAUAUAACGGAGGAUCGACUACUCCACCUUCAUUUGUCCAGAUGCCAGGGUCACACAUGCUGCCCAGCUACUACAGCAUGAGACGUCCUUUCAUAUCCGACUCAGACUUUUGUACAUCCACCAAGCAGUUCCCUCCUGAUGUCUAUUCUUCCACAUCACCUUCCACUAUGACCAGCUACUCCUCCCUUAUUGACAGCUACUACCCAGAAACCUUUGGUGACUACCGCAGCGCCGCCACCUUCUCCAGCUCUGGAAGUUCCUUCCUGCCCUCGACAGCCAUUUCAUCCCUGUUGCCACCUUUCAGCGGAGAAUCGCCACAUCUGUUUUUGCGUGACUCAUGGGACCAGUCAGGCCAGGAGCCAGUAUCCCAGGUGGAGGGCCUCUGUCCGGAGAGCCUGGGCUCUGUCAGUGUCCCACCCUCAAUGCCUAGUCCAGAGCCUCCAGGGAGCCCUCCCCAGUACCGCUCCCCCAGCCGCGGCUCCUCCAUGGGCCCCGUCUCCAGCAGCCAGCUGUACACCCUGCAUUCACUGGAGGAUGCCCACUACCACCCUUUAACCACUAGCAGCACCUACGCUGUGCCUUCCUCCUUUUCCUGCCCCCCAUACAUGAGCAGUCCUGUCAGCGAUCUGGUGUCCAAGAUGGUGACAGAAGAGGUGACCGAGGGUCACGGCAGCCUCCCGGCCGGCACCGAAGCCCACUCCUCAUGGGCUAAGGAAGACGGGGUGAGCUCAUGGUCACCCUACGAGAUCAGGAGGGCCUACUGACCAGAGAGUCUAGCUAAGACUGAGGGUUCAAAUGUCCAAGUGAAUGGAAUUUCACAGACUUUUUCCAGGAAUUAAUCCACCAAAGACUGAGCUUGAAGUAAAUUGUUGAAGAGGUGUUUUUUGGAGAUCGUUUACAUCUAUUCGUCAUCAUUUUCUUAUUUUCUCAUUUUAAUUCAUAUUUGUACCUUUAUUAGCAACAUGGUAGCAAUGGUUGACUAACUUGGCCAAGAUUAUGUGGUGCAUGAAUCACAUUUAUUUACUGAAAGGAAACAAACAUUAAGGCAUUUAUUAUUUUUCUUUUUUUUACUUUAGUCUGUUUUUCAAGGUUGUAUUAUAUGUAAAAAAAAAAAAAUUGGAGAGGAUGGCAACAGUUACUUAAACUGACAUCAAUGAAAUACAUCUACAAAUAAAGUAAAUUGUUCUCUUUUUGUAGUGUUUAAACUGAGAAUUUCCCUAUAUGCAGUACAUGUAAUAUCUUAAAACUAGUUCCACUGUCUCCAAACAGAGAACAGACUGACUUAAUGAGGACUGGGCUUGCUGUUUUGUUUAUCUUUGACUGAUUGUUUUCAAAUCUCUCUUCAACCUGAUCUAGGAAAGAGGAAGACAUUUUUGGAUGUAAAUCAUACUUCACAGCCUUCUAAAAGUUUCCAUUUCUGUCAAACCUUUCCCCAUUUUUUUCCUUCCUUUGGAUUUUAUGAGAUAGGCCAACACAAAUAGUGCAUAACUGUGAUGUGAAAAGAAAAUACAUACAUAUGAUACAUAUUUUUUAAUAUUUGUAAAAAUCUCAAAAGUGUUGGGUGCUCUGUGUUUAUAUCCCCCGAGUCCAUACUUGUAGAACCAACUUUCAUUGUAGUUAGUUUGCUUUAUAAUUCUAGGGAAAUCACAUUUUUCCCAUUCUUCUUUAGUUAGAUUGGAUGGGGAGCUUCCAUCAAUUUUUCAAUUAAUGCCACUGAUUCUUAAUUGGAUUUAAUGAAUGUGGUGCAAAUGGAUUUCAAAUUGCUUGUGCAAAAUUACAAACAGGACUUCAUAUUAGUGAAGGAAAAAUGAAGCUUCGUCAAGCACUGAAGCUUUCCAUCCAAUUGGUCAGCUCAUAGGCCAAAGGUUCAUGAUGCUUUAUUUCCUUUACUGUGCCAUCAAGUGGACAAUAAAUGUAAAACAGGCAGUGAUUAUAUUGACACAACUUUAGUGUGUGAAGCUUUAAAUUAAAUAAAUAAUUUUUUGUGAUGCCAAUACAUACAUUUUGAAUAUCGUCUGAAUAAGAUCUUUAUCUGUCAUUACGAUACAAAGGCUAAAUCAAACGGAAAGUGAUGUGAAUGUGCUGGUGUUACUUUGUUUGCACUAUUAUGUUCCUAGGGACAACAUUUUAUUUAUUUUUAUUUAAAAUUGCUACUUUUCCACUGUGCUGGACUUCAGGUGGUUUCUCAUUUUUUAGAUGAUUUUGCCUGCUUUAGAAAAUACCCUUUCACAGAGCUCAGAUAAGGAAGAGGUAGCCAGAAUAGAAACAGCAUCUUUAUACAAGUUGGGAUUCAGCAGCCUUUUGCUGCCACUUAUAUUUGGAAGCAAACCGACGACCCAGCUCUUGAAUCAGUUACAAGGUACAUUCUGCAGGGAUGUCCCAAAAAUCUUUGCACUGUUGGAGUUUGAACAGAUUUUAGAACGUCUUCGUUUUUAUGUCUCUUUUUUUGUCGGAUUACAGCUUGAUGUAUCCUCUGUCAUUGUUUC